AUGCUUGCUACAGGAAAUUGUCCACCUAUUAAUAUCAACUUCAUAGGAGGGCAGCAUCACCUACAAUCACCGGCGACCAACUCAAUUGCAACGCUGGCUACGUCUCCACCGCAACAUAGACAGACAGCUGAUCCGCUCAUAAUUAAUAGCCCCCGAGAUUUGGCUGUGAGAGAAUACAGCGCAUGGCAAAAAACAAAUAUUGUCGACGACAAUUUGAAGGCUCAGUUUCGACAGGCAUGCGAUAUAACGCUGGCCAACGGUCUAGAUCUUGAACAGAUCCAUGAGGACCAUGACGCGGGAUUCUAUAUUAAAAAAGGAGUUGCGGUAGGAAUUGCACGCCGCUUCUCAGUGGCUGGCAAGGCGUGA